AUGGAUUGCUCGAGUUCGGAGAAAGAUGAAUAUUUUUGGAUAUUACAUUUUGUGUUAAUACUUUCUCUUCCCGUUUAUAUUGUCGCAAUUAUCGCACUGUUGCAAACCAAAUCCACGUAUUUCGAAACCUAUAAACUAUUUUUGAUCUGGCACCCUUUGGGAAAUCUUCUUGCUGAAAUUUUGAAUUCCUGGUUCCUGGUUCCUGUCGUUCAUCUUCCCCUUCCACUUCUCAGGUUUACUGGAUUCCUCUCUCAGUGGGGAUUCAGUGGUUUAUUUCAAUUUUUGAUCAUUGUGUCAAUGAUAUAUCAAACAGCUUACUCGGUUUUCGAAAUGUUCAUGUUUCGAUUUCGAGCGAAUAUGUUGGACUAUAAAUCGUGCAGGUUUUACAUUUAUCUGAAAAUCAAAACAUAUAUCUUCCGUAUAGUUUUAAUCGGUUUCAUUGUUGCAAACUGUAUCACAUAUCAUAUCGGAUUGGAGCAGCAACAUAUAAUUCGUCAGAAUCUUUCGAACCGUUACCCAGAAUCUUCAAUUCUUGUCAUAUGUCCCAAUGUCAUAGUUGCUGCGCCAUUUGAAGAUCCAAUUUCUCUGUACAACAUGAUAAUUUGGUUAUUUGUGGUUAUCAUUACAAUAACCUCAACGACUUCAACCACAAUUUAUUUGAGCAGAAAUUUAAAAGAGAACUCACAUCAAUCGGCGGCAGUUGUCAGAAUGCAUAACAUGUUACUGAUCACUUUAUCAAUUCAGACUGCAAUUCACGGUAUCAUGUUGGGUAUACCCAAUUCACUUUUCAUUUUUGCUGCAUUCUUCGGAGUCAGACAUGAAUCAGUUGCUAAGAUUUCUUUCAUAUUUCUGACAUUCCACGGAUUCGCUUCUACACUUGCGAUGAUUCUGCUAACAAAGCCGAUAAAAUUAACUGUUUUACAAAUACUAAAAUGCAAAUUUUCUGAGAAAUCUGUUGAAAAUCCGAGACGACUUUCUAAUAAAUUGUGA